CAAGACUCAAGGGUAUGACAUUAGAGUGUGGGACGCAGGCAGCCUAUCAAGACCGUACAAAGAACUCGUUCUCUUCUCUGUGGCUCAAAAACUUAGAAAGCCCUCCCUUUUUAAACUGAGGCUUGGCUCACAAGAAGUACUCUCUCAGUGAAUCUAACCAAGAAAAGGGCACUAUCAGUGAACCUAGCAGCAAAAAUGGCGACUGCGAGAGUGAUGUCAGCUGCAACCAGCACAACAGCAUCCUGCUUGCUCCUUAAAAGACCAUUCGUCAGUUUAAAUCAAAAGGCUCCCACCUUCAACAACCACCUUCGCUUCAACACCACCACCAAAAGGGUUUCAAAGAGGUUGUUUUCUUGCAAGUCUAUUUACAAUCCUGAUGUUCAAAUCAAGGAAGAAGGCCAGCCUGAGACCCUUGAUUACCGUGUCUACUUUCUUGACAAUUCUGGCAAAAAGGUUUCGCCCUGGCAUGACAUACCGUUGCACUUGGGAGAUGGGGCUUUCAACUUUGUUGUUGAAAUACCAAAAGAAUCAAGCGCAAAGAUGGAGGUUGCUACUGAUGAGCAAUUCACUCCUAUUAAGCAAGAUACCAAAAAGGGGAAACUAAGAUACUAUCCCUACAACAUAAACUGGAACUAUGGAUUGCUUCCACAAACAUGGGAAGACCCAUCUUUUGCAAAUGCCGAAGUUGAAGAAGCAUUAGGAGAUAAUGACCCUGUUGAUGUUGUCGAGAUUGGUGAAAGACGGGGAAAGAUUGGUGAAAUUCUCAAGGUCAAGCCCUUGGCUGCUUUGGCCAUGAUUGAUGAAGGGGAACUUGACUGGAAAAUUGUUGCUAUCUCUUUGGAUGAUCCACGAGCAUCUCUCGUAAAUGAUGUUGAUGAUGUAGAGAAACAUUUCCCCGGCACUCUCACUGCAAUCAGGGAUUGGUUCAGAGACUAUAAGAUCCCUGAUGGGAAACCUGCCAACAGGUUUGGUCUUGGCAACAAGGCAGCAAGCAAGGACUAUGCUCUCAAGGUCAUCACCGAGACCAAUGAAUCUUGGGCGAAACUUGUCAAGAGAUCGAUUCCAGCCGGAGAGCUUUCUCUUGUAUAAAAGCCACUGGUAGACUAGAGUCGGAGGUGAAAGUAUUAUUAUUGAGAUGGAGCUGGAAGUAGUAUUGUUUUUGGCAUUACUUGCCAGAAAUUUUACCUUCUGGCAAGCAAGCCCCGUGUUGUCUCAAUACAUUGAUGAUAUCAAAACAUUUUUUCCUCGUUAACGAGUUUGAAUAAUCCAUUGUUCCUAUGCAACUUGUUUGUGUUUUCAUCGUGAGACUGAGAUUACAUUUCUGGUACACAAACAAAAACUGUAUGCAUUCCUGUUACUAUGGUCAUGCUUAUACAAGAUGGUGGUUGGAAUA